AAAAAUAAAGUAUUAAGACAAUUUUACUGACUUUUUUUUGGGAUUGCUGGUAUCGUUCUUAAUGAGGAUUGCACUGCUCUGAAAUCCCUGCUCUAGAAAGCACUGCUUUUCAGGUAUGAGUGAAAGCAGCAGCAUUAGACCAGUUCAUUUCCCAACCAUGCUGCUGGUGCUUUACCGGUAUGUAUGGAGUGUCUCCAAUCAGGCUGCACACAGGGUGGAGACACAGUUAACAACUCAACUGGUCAGUCAGAUAUUUAAUGUUUGACACCAGUGACAGAGGCCACUUCUUCUUUGACUGCUUAUAGGCUCAGUGGGAAUAUAAUUAAUUUAGAGCAUUGAAAAAUAAUCUAAAUCCAACUAAAUACAAAUAAUAUAAACAGAAAAUAUAUUGUAUCGUAUUACAUUACAAUAGUUUCAUCUUUUAUAAUUCACAGAAAAACUGAUACUAAUAUGUAAUAUGUAAUAAGACUAGAGCAAAGAACAGAACACAUAACAUAAAUACACACAUUUGCAGCCAUGAUUAAGAUUUAAACAACUUACUGAACCAGUAACGUGACAAGCUGGAAUAUGUAGCUCAUGAGAAAAGGUUGGUACGUUAAAACACAUCGUCCAUACUCUCUGAAAUAAACUACAAAAAAAACGUCUCCCUGAUGGUCUAAUUGCUAUUUCAAAGGUUUCCCCGCCAUGACAGGAAUACAUUUCCACAGGAAUAAUAAAACUGGAAAGAAAGAAAUUGGUCAAAGUAACUGGAUUUUGACACAAAAUAACAGCUAUUGGUAGCUUUCUUCUUUUCUUUAUGUCUCUCUAAGGCUUCACCUGAGGAGCUGUCUCUAUUUUUGUCAGUCCCAGGAGUUAAUUUACCUCUCUGCCUUGAUUCUCUGUCACAAUUUUUUUCUCUCACUGUCCAACAGACUAAUCUGGUAAUUUGACAUCUCAAUCCUGUAGAGGCCUGCUAGAGCUGUCAUGGUGUCUCAUGUCUUCCUUUAUUUGCCUGACUGUCUGUUUCUCUCUCUCUCUCUCUCUCUUUCUCUUUUUUGCUCUCUCCCACUCUUUCUCUCUGUCUCAGGAGGCCCUCCUGAUGUAGGCAAGAUGCUGGGUGGGGAGGAGAAGGAGGAGGACCCAGAUGCAGCAAAGAAGGAGGAAGAGCGACAGGAGGCGCUGAGGCAGCAGGAGGAGGAGAGGAAGGCCAAAUAUGCCAAGAUGGAGGCUGAGAGAGAAAGUAUGAGACAAGGCAUCAGGGAUAAGUAUGGCUUGAAAAAGCGCGAGGAGGCCGAAGCUGAGGCGGCAGCCGCUGCGGAGGAGCCUGCAGCCGGCAGCUUGACUCGACCUAAGAAGGCCGUGCCACCCGGCUGCGGUGAUGAGGAGGAAGAGGAAAGCAUCAUGGACACAGUGAUGAAAUACCUGCCAGGCCCACUGCAAGACAUGCUAAAGAAGUAGUUUAGCUUGCUGGCUAAUGCUAAUGUUAUCUAGCUUAGUUCGUAGGCUAAAUUCACGAGGUUGGCCUAAAGCAGGUUUUUUUUCACAUGCAAGUACAUAAAAUGAAGUUAAAUCCAGUGUUUUGGUGUUCAGACAAAACAAAUUAGGUUAUGAUGUGACAUAGGUGGGGAAAUUAAUCAGAUAUGAACCAGCAAUGUGAAUUGCAGCCUGUAGACUAAGCUAGGCUGACCCAAUGGCCAGGUAAACGUUAGCUUGGCUCAUGUUAAAGUUAGCUAUGUUACACUAAUGAAGCUAACAGCGAGCAGAGGGGCUAAAGAAACAAUGUUAGAUGGUUUAUCCUCAUAAUCUGAGAAGUUUUAAACUCCUUUUUCUCUCCUCUGCGAUAGCUGCAGAGCUCUCUCGCAGCACUAAAAAAAAAACAAUCUCCUAGUCCACCAUGCUGUUCACUCAAUUUGUAUAUAAAUAAAUGAAUACAUAACAGGCCUCAAGGUGGGCAAACAAUCAUAAAAUAUUAUAUGAAAUUAUUAUACUAACUGUGUGUCUGUCUCUAAUAAUAAUAAAAACAUGUGAUAACUUGAUAAGCCAUAUUUUAAAAAGGAAAUUUAAAGACUUGUGUGCUCCUAAAGCUACUGUUUUGUGUUCGACUGUGUCUAAAAUUUAUGUAAAACUCUUUUGCACAGUGUUACACAUUCUCUGUUAAACCUAUUGUCUAUCUCCCCUACACACUCCCUAAAUGCUCGACAUCGAAGUGUGACAACAUCCAUGUAGUGUAGUGUUAAAAAAAUGUUUCUAUUCCCCUGUUCAGUGCGUCCGACCUCCUUCUUACAGUAUGUGUUGCAUGCCAUUUGUCUAGAAAAGUCUGUUGUGUGAAUAUGUACAAACCCACCCUCCCUGUGUUCUUUAUCAUGCAAAAAAUAUUAAGGCAAUAAAUCCUAAGUUUGAGUGUGUUUUCACUAUCAUGUUGAUAUAACCGUUAAUAAUAUCAGUAAUUAAAAAUGAUACUGUAUGUAUGCAUUGAGGACAUUUAAUUUACAGGUUUGCAGGGUUUUCUUUUUUUUUAUUAUUAUUGUUGUUGUUGUUUUAUUGAAGAAUGACCGUGUAGCAGUUCAGACAACAGCCAAAACCUUAAGCUUUUAGCCAUAAAACCAGAGUCUACAUUAUAUAUACAGUAGUAUUACUAUCAGGGUGUACUGCCAGGGAGAGAAUACUGAAUGAAUCUGUACGAAUAAACAAAAAUAUGUACUGGUGAUUAUCUAUUAAGCAGUAUUAACUUGAAAGUAAAUGACAAGUCUGGAUUUUGCAUCAUGUGAAGAUAUAUGAGAAAGAGACCAACUUCUCUCUGUACACACAUACACACACACACACACACACACACACACAUACUGAAGUGACUACUACGACGUGAAAUGAUGCUUGAUUUUGUUCUACUUAUUGGUGGUUUAGAUGUGAGAACGAGCUGCUGGGGACAACAAAGAAUGCCAUGAGCAAUAAAGGAUAAUCAUGUAUGUUUGUGCUUGAGAUUCAAUAAAAAUUUAAAACCUUG